CACUUCCUUCAUCUCUCAGUUUCACACCAAAUAACCUUUAUAUUAAAUGAACUAUCCCAUUCACACAUGCAGUACACAAUUGUUGGACCACCCAUUUUAUUUCACUUUCUCUUUGUUUUUCAUCUCUCAUUAUCACCAUGAAAACUCAUCACCACCCUAAACUCAAAACCUCAUUUUCUUGUGGUUUCUUUCGCCGUUGUACUCAGUCAGUUCUCAGCCCUACUACCACCACCCCACCCACCCUGCCCAACCCACUUUCUGACCCACCUAACCCAACUCCAUCACCAUUACCGCCACCACCUCAGGCGAGUUCAUCUGAAUCUUCUUCAUCAUCUAACACUAAUUCACAGAGUUUUACUCAAUGGAGAUUUCCAUUACCAAGUUCACCACCUAUUUCACAGUACACUAGUAUUAAUUACACACCAAGAGAAGCCAUGCAAAUUACUAAAAUUGCUCCUCCGGUUUUGUACACUAACUUGGAGGAACUUUUCCACGUGGCGGAGUUACAGCUCACUACUUGUUCGGAUUUGGACAAGGUUAAGGCAAUGUACGUGUUGGAGCAUUCACUUGUUCCAAAUCCAGUGGCGGCGGUUGACGGUGGCACAAAUUCAGUAACUUGCCCGGAGACAGUGAUGAGAGGUGUAGUGAGUUGUCUAAAGGACAGACACGUGGCGGUAGCAAAAUCAGCUAGCAAAGUAUUAUUAGCACUUUGUUUGUCUGAGAAUAACCGACACGUGGCAGUCGAGGUAGGAGCUGUCGGUGUAGUUGUCGACACCUUGUCGGAUUUAGAUGUGGCGGCGGCGGAGAGGUCGUUAGCGGCGUUGGAAUUGCUUUGCACGGUGGCGGAAGGGGCGGAGGAGGUGAGGUCCCACGCGCUAGCGGUGCCGAUGAUGGUUGAAGUUAUGGGGCGAAUGGACGGGACUCGAGGGAAGGAAUACGCGAUUAGCGUGUUGGCGGUGAUAUACGGCGGCGCGUGUGACGGCGCGUUGGUGCCAGCGCCGCCGGAGGAGGUGGCGCGUGCGGUGAUGUUGGCUUUGCAAGGUGAUUGUAGUGCUAGAGGGAGGAGGAAAGGGGCACAGCUUCUUAAGAUACUGCAAAAUUACGGGCGGGUCGACCCGACCCAGGAUGAGGAGGAAGUGGAGCCCCGAGUCGUUUGAUAAACCUUUUUUUCCCCCAAUAA